AUGGCCGCUGCUUUCGACGACGAGGAUCUCUCUGUCUCGCUCCCACCCAUCAACAAUUCCGAUCGCUCUCGUGACCGUACCGCCGGGACUGAGCCUCCUUCCAAUUCCAACAUCCCCGCCAUGGCGAUGCCUCCGCCAUCCCGCCCGAUCGGAAAGGGCGGCGAGCCUCCGAUGCAGUCACCAGCAACCACCCGGGACAUGCAGCGCCUCGACCAGUACCAGACGAUCAAGAUAUUGGGGGAGGGCUCCUUUGGCAAGGUGAAACUGGCCAUUCACCAGCCCAGUGGUCGCCAGGUCGCUCUGAAGAUCAUCUCCCGUCGCAAAUUGCUGUCUCGUGACAUGGUUGGUCGUGUUGAACGUGAGAUCCAAUACCUCCAACUGCUGCGGCACCCGCACAUCAUAAAAUUGUACACCGUCAUUGCCACCAAAACCGACAUCGUCAUGGUGUUGGAAUAUGCCGAACGGGAACUUUUCGAUUAUCUAGUCAAGAGGGGCCGGUGUAAUGACGCUGAAGCCCGCAAGUUCUUCCAGCAGAUCAUAUGUGCUGUGGAGUACUGCCAUCGUCAUAAAAUCGUACAUCGUGACCUCAAACCGGAGAAUCUUCUGAUCGAUAGCGAGAAGAAUGUGAAGAUCGCAGAUUUUGGUCUGAGCAACAUUAUGACGGACGGAAACUUUCUGAAAACCAGCUGCGGAAGCCCUAACUAUGCAGCGCCAGAGGUUAUCUCCGGGAAGCUUUAUGCGGGGCCGGAGGUAGAUGUUUGGAGCUGUGGUGUCAUUCUCUACGUGCUCUUGGUAGGAAGGCUUCCGUUCGACGACGACUAUAUACCGGCCCUGUUCAAGAAAAUUGCCGCGGGCAACUUUCAUAUGCCUGGCUACAUAUCCCCCGGAGCUGCUCGGUUAAUUAGGUCAAUGCUACAGGUACAUCCUGUUCAUAGGCUUACUAUCCCUGAGAUCCGUCAAGAUCCCUGGUUCCUUCAAGACCUACCCAAAUACCUACAGCCGCCGCCCGAAGAAUUCAUUGCUACUGGUGUCGAUCCGAAUAAGGCCAUUGAUCCCCGCAAGUUGGUCCCGGGGAAGCCCCUGUCAGUGCAGCACAAAAUCCAUCAAGUAGCUAUCUCCAAGCUGGAGAGAAGUAUGGGUUAUGCCCGCGACGAUAUCGAGGAUGCGCUCAAGAAUCCGGAGCCCAGCGCCAUCAAGGACGCUUUCUUUAUCAUCAUGGAGAAUGAGAUGAUGCAAACCAAUUCGCCAACAGACGAUAAUAUGUUGGUACCCCCGGUAACACCCUCGCCUCCUCCCGACAGGAUACCUAAGCCUACUGCAACGUCCGGACGAGCAACUCCUGUUCCUGCUCCGGGAACCCCACCUGGUCCUCCAACAAGAACACGUAGUGGUUCGCAACGCCAGACCUAUCAACCGCCUCAGCAGAGCGAUGCCGACGAUUUAAACGCACCUCGCGUGAGCCAUGUUCGGAUUUUACCAACGAGUUUACCUUAUGUCCACGACCAACUCAUGGAACAGCGCGAGCGCGAGCGCGAACGCGAACGUGAGCAAAGAAUUCAGGCCACUGACCGGUUAUUGGAGGAACAAGCGCAACGUGGUCCAGAAUCCGAGGGAGACUCGCGCCGUGGUGGCCGCUCCCCGGAGGAGCAAGAGGCGACAGCAAGGGCUCUGAAGCCGCAUUCUCGUAGUAUUAUAGACCUUGACAAGUUGCGUUUGGAGCCGCCUGAAGGUCGGAGUGCCCCGCAUCAACCCAAGAAAUCUCGCAAAUGGCAGUUUGGCAUUCGUUCACGCAAUCAGCCUUACGAGGCAAUGCUUUACCUUUACAAGGCCAUUGAAGCACAAGGCGGGAUAUGGGAAAUCCAGCCAGCUGGUGCAGACGGGUUGCAGAUUGGAGUCAAGCCGGCCGACGCAGGACAGCCGCAACCGCUGCAGAGCAAGUAUCCUGACCUACCAUCGGACUACUACAUCCCGAAAGAACCGUGGUUCAUACGAGCCCGCCUUUUGAAAGAAGGCGUCAGAGCUCCAGGCCCGUCGACCAGUGUCCACAGCAGUCGAAGUGAUCUAGAGGAACUUCGCCGCCGCGUCAACCUCUCAAGUGCGCCGGCUUCCUUGGAUGACAGGAAUUUAACCCCAGAGCACGCGAGCAUGUCGGGUCCUUCCUCUGCGACGCAGCAUCAUUCCAUUUCGCGCAUCUCUUAUGGAGUCUGGGUGUUCGUCGACAUCCAGCUGUACCAGCUCGAAGAGAAUAAUUACAUGGUCGAUUUCAAAUGCGAUGGAUACCAGAAUGUGAUCCGUGGCGAAGGGGAUGCCGAUUGGCAUCCCAUCAGCAAGCGGUUCUGGAAUAAGGAGAAAGAGGUCACUAGUCCCUAUCCGUUCCUUGACGUGGCAUCGGAUUUGGUGGCUCAGCUUGCGGUUGCUAGCUGA